UAAGACAAGACGAUGGCUGCUCCAAGCAAGGUUGGUCCUGCGAUUUAUACAGAUGUGUAUCUUAACAAUCAAACCGUCGAAGAUCUCAACUUGUCGGAAGCAAAAGAUUGGUAUGGAUCUGGAAAACAGCCGGAAAAUGUUCCAUUGAAGGAGAUACGAUAUUUCCAGCACAUGGCCGAUUCCGAUGUCGGAAUCUCGGAAGGUGGAAUGGCGUAUUUUAUCAAACAAAACAUUCAGUGGAUUGUUGUCUGGAGGAAUAUGAAAGAUCAAGAUAAUAAGGUCUAUACUGAUAUUACUACCGACAGUACUAUUAAUUGGGACUUCUACAAAGAACAACUCGUAAAGUCAGACGGCCAUGUAGAAAUGACAAAACUUGGAUACAAGUCAAUUCUUAACAUUGAUCCGUACAGCGUUAAGCCAAACGUUAUUGGAAAACUCGUAAGGACUAAUACUGCAUGA